GAGCUGGCCCUGUCAGGCAGGAGUGGGGCAGGUGCGGUGGCGGAAGUGCCGUACGCUACUGGAGCCGAGCCGUCUAGGAAGCCGCGGCCGUGGGUCCCCCAGCCCGGAGCAGCUGCCGAGCCUCAGCCUGACUGCAGCAACUAGGGCUCGGGCGCCGGCGAGAUGCCUCUGUUCACCGCCAACCACUUCGAGCAAGAUGUGGAAAAGGCCACAAAUGAGUACAACACUGCAGAAGAUUGGAGUCUUAUUAUGGACAUAUGUGACAAAGUUGGAAGCACUCCUAACGGAGCAAAAGAUUGCCUAAAAGCCAUAAUGAAAAGGGUAAAUCAUAAGGUUCCUCAUGUUGCUCUGCAGGCAUUAACUCUUCUUGGGGCUUGUGUGGCAAACUGUGGAAAGAUAUUUCAUUUAGAAGUAUGUUCCCGUGAUUUUGCAACAGAAGUACGUGCUGUGAUCAAAAAUAAGGCUCAUCCUAAAGUAUGUGAAAAACUGAAAUCUUUAAUGGUGGAGUGGUCAGAAGAAUUUCAGAAGGACCCUCAGUUUAGUCUGAUAUCUGCAACUAUUAAAUCUAUGAAAGAAGAAGGAAUUACUUUUCCUUCAGCAGGUUCUCAGACUGUCUCAGUUGCUGCCAAGAAUGGUACAUCAUCGAACAAAAACAAAGAAGAUGAAGAUAUAGCUAAAGCUAUUGAAUUAUCAUUGCAAGAGCAGAAGCAGCAGCACACAGAAACAAAAUCCUUAUAUCCAUCUGCAGAAAUUCAGUCAAAUAAUAAAGUUGCAAGGAAAGUGAGAGCUUUAUAUGAUUUUGAAGCUGUUGAGGACAAUGAACUCACCUUUAAACAUGGUGAAAUUAUUAUUGUUUUGGAUGACAGUGAUGCCAAUUGGUGGAAAGGAGAAAAUCACAGAGGAAUAGGACUCUUCCCAUCUAAUUUUGUAACAACUAAUUUAAACAUAGAAUCUGAGGCAGCAGCUGUGGACAAAUUGAAUGUAAUUGAUGACGAGGAGGAGGAAAUUAAGAAGUCAGAGCCUGAGCCUGUUUAUAUAGAUGAGGAUAAGAUGGAUAGAGCCCUGCAGGUACUGCAGAGUAUAGAUCCAACAGAUUCAAAACCAGACUCCCAAGACCUCUUGGACUUAGAAGAUAUCUGCCAACGGAUGGGUCCAAUGAUAGAUGAAAAACUUGAAGAGAUUGAUAGGAAGCAUUCAGAAUUGUCUGAAUUGAAUGUAAAAGUCUUGGAAGCUCUGGAACUAUAUAACAAGUUGAUGAAUGAAGCACCAGUAUAUUCAGUCUAUUCAAAGAUCCAUCAUCCAGCACAUUACCCACCUUCAUCAGCUGGAGUUCCAAUGCAGACAUAUCCAGUUCAACCACAUGGUGCAAACUAUAUGGGUCAAAGUGUUCACCAAGUCACUGUUGCCCAAAGCUACAGCCUAGGACCAGAUCAAAUCGGUCCACUGAGAUCGAUGCCUCCAAAUGUGAAUUCCUCAGUGACAACACAGCCUGCCCCAACUCCGUAUUUAAGCGCUGGACAAGACACUGUUUCCAAUCCUACUUACAUGAAUCAGAACUCUCACCUUCAGUCAGCUACUGGUGCAGCUGCUUACACGCAGCAAAUGGGGAUGUCUGUGGAUCUGUCAUCUCACCAGAGCACUACUUCCAGUUUGCCGCGGUCGGCAGGCUUUGCGGUGGCAGCUCCAGCUCAUUCAGUUGCACAGCAGCAAACAGAUUACCCUCAGCAGCAGCCUCUCCUUUAAAAACAGACCAAGCAUUUUCUUGAAAGCCUUCCUAAGUGUACUACUCGACCCUUGUGAUUGUAAUCUGAAAAUAUUAAAAGAAGAAAAAAAUUUUUUCUCAGUUCAAAAGGCCCAUGAAUAAAUAAAGCACAGAAACGUAUUUUACUCUAAUAGGCCAUAAAAGGUUUUUUCAGUCCCAACUUAUUUGAGGUCAAAUUUUUGAUGAGAGGCAGCUUCAAGUUGCUUCCAGUUAGUUUUUUCUUACUUUCAAAUCUCUCUACACAAAUCUGGACAACCAGUAAGUAGCCUUAUGACACUAAACAACAUGAGAUAGGAGCAUAUAAAGAAACCACCAUUUACCCCUAAAAUAUCAUAACUGGGAGAGCACUGAAACCUUUAAGUAUUUUUUGUCUGCGUAUUUUUUUUUCAGAGUUGCCCACCCAUCAUUAUUUUAAAAGGCGAACAUGUUUUUGUGUAUGCAUUUAGCUUCCCUACAUAUUUCCUUUGGCUUCUUAAAUUGUAGUUGUGUUUGCAGUACUGUCAGUUGUGCUCUCAGUGGUGUGUUGAGUAAUAAUUAGCAUAUAAUUGUCUACAGAAGCAAGAGCACUUUGGGAGGAACAAAAAUGUUUUCUGUUAUUAUCAGUGAAGACGAUGUAAAUGCAGUUGUGUGAUAAAGCAUUUAGCCAGUCUCCCAAUCAUGCCAACAAGUGGGCUGAGGAGUGCCCCACAAAACAUUUCCAUUCCCUGGAAAAAAACCAUUUCUUUUCCUACAAGGGUCCUUGGCAUUUAGAAUUGCCACUAAUGACCUUUUCAAGUGAUUUUGGCCAUUCUCUAAUGAAGGUAUGGUCAGGUUUUUUGUUUGUUUUGUUUUGCUUUCCUGUAGUGUGGUGUGCAGAGAUGCUGCAUUUCCUUUUUACAGAGUAUAUGUGAAUCUGAGCUAUGAGACAUUCCUAAUAAUUUGAUGUGAUAUAUAUACCAAGUGUGGAUGAUGUAUGUUUUUAUUGAUGUGUUGUUCUUUUAAAGAGAUGAUUUGAGUACCACUGGUAUGCCAGACUGUUGAAAAUUUUGGCCAUUCCUUUCAAAAGUAAUCCUGAGCCUGUGGAAUAAUAACAGGCAAUGGCUUUAUAGGGAAGUCAUCAAGACAGUUUUCCUGAAGCCUAUGUUUUAAGUGAGUUUAUAGUGCUAAUAGAUUCCACAUACUUUAGGAGUUAGGUAGUAAACCAAUAAGGAUUGUUUUCUUUCCUAAAAAUUUGCACACUAUUGCAUCAUCUGCCAACUUUUUAGAUAACACAACAUGCAAAUACAUAUGCUUACAGAUACAUGGUAUUUAGACUGGG